AUGCAGAAUCCUUUAACUUUUUCUGCAGGUGGUGUUUUUUUGCAUGCUAAUCCUGCAGAGAAACAUUGUGUCCAACGUAUGCUGGGUCAGCAAAAACAAGAAACUUGUGCUGGAAGGACAGUAUCCGGAGAUAAACACAAAUCCCCUUCAGAUAUAAUACAAAGCUUCCAGAAGAAAAGUCAGUUUAGGACCAUUGCUCCAAAAAUGGUACCAAAAAUUCUAACAUCUGGAGUGGUUUCUUGUCUUCAGUCAUCUUUGCCUGAGCAAAAUACACCAAUUUCAGCAACAGGUCCUAAAACGCUGGUGGUACCAACUCAAAACUAUGCUGUCAUGCAGGUGGCUGGUCAUGAAGGGACUUUUUCUCUUCUGGCCUUGCCUUAUGUUGCCCCUGCCCUAACGCAGCAAGUCCACCAGUCAAACAUGGCCCCUUCUGAAAACUUAAAGCUGCCUAUCCCUAGGUACCAAUCUGUAAGAAAUAAGUUACUGAGUGACAAAAAAACGACACAAGUAUCUGAUUUGGGUGCACAUAACAAGAUUCCUGCCAAAGAACUGAUCUCAUCACAGACUUCCCCAAUGACUACUGUAACUGAAGACCUUCCUGAAACUCAUUCUAGUUCAGAUUCAGCUAAGCAAGUGAUGAUGACAGACCAUGACUCAACUGAAAUUACGGUUUUCACGCUAGUAAAUAAAAGCAAUUGUGUGGAAUCUGGAUCUUCUUUAGUGGACAAAACUAGAAAUCAUAACAGUAAUGUUUCUGGCCCAUCUGUAGUUAAAGACUCUUUAUCCAAGACAGCAAGUACAUUUAAUUCCAUGAAGCUAAGUCUACGCUCUUUGAAGACAGCAUCUGAAACAACAGGAGAGUCAUUUAUAACGUCUGAGAAACUAAAGGAAAAAUCCACAAAUUCUGCAAAUUCUGUUGCUGUCCUGUCACCAGCAGUUUUUGGCAGCACAAUACAGAUGACUCCAUCAGCACCAAAAGGAAAACUUCCUAUUUUGCCUUACUCAAGGAUGAAAAAUUCAGUGUUCUGUGAAUCUAAGCAGAAUGCUAACAUUACGGAUGCAUCUAGUCCUUCGCUAAGACCUGAAUGUGAAAAGACACCAACUUCGGCAAAAACCUUUCAUGUUCCUACCAAAGCAUCUGAUAAGCAAUUAGCUGUAUCAUUUACACAAGUCCCCAAACAAACCAUUCGAGAAAAUACCUUCUGUUCCUCCAACAAAGUGGAUGUUGACAGUCUUAAAAAAUUGAACAGUCCAGCCUCUAAAAGAAGAGGCAGGAAAAGAAGAGCCCCAGAUGAUUUAUUGGCCUUUCAGACCAAGCGGAGGAGAUGCAUCAUUAAUAAGUUUAGAGAAGGAAGAGAGAGGGUAAAAGUUGAUCUUCAGCCACCUGAAGAUAAAAAAGCAGAGACAGUAAAAAAAUACCGUAGUAUUAGACCAAAGCCAGUGGUAGUUAUGCAGGCUUUUGCACCACUGACUUCUGCAGCACUCGUAGAGACACCACCUUCUGGCCACUUAGACCAAGAAAUUUUUUUCAAUAGUUCACUUCCCAGUAAAUACUUCAGUUACAAGCACAGUGAUGCUACACCAGCUAAAUCAGGUGAUUUAAGUAGAAAUAUAUGUUCCGCUGUACCGAAGCCAUCACAUAAAUGUCAUGUUUGUGACCAUAUCUUCCAGUUUAAACACCAUCUUCAGGACCACAUGAACACACAUACAAACAAACGGCCUUACAGUUGUCGCAUUUGCCGGAAAGCAUAUAUUCAUUCUGGAAGCCUGAGCACGCAUAUGAAACUUCAUCACAACGAAGGCAAACCCAAAAAGCUUGUGUGCUGUGAAUUCUGUGCUAAGGUUUUUGGCCACGCAAAAGUGUAUUUUGGCCACCUCAGAGAAGUGCACAGAGUUGUUAUCAGCACAGAGCCCUCUACUAGCGAGCAUGAGCUGCAGGAUACUUUAAAGAAGAGAGACACGAAUAUUAAAGAGGCAGAAGAAGUAACAGAGAGGGGAAAUAAGUGCAAUUUUGAGGACCUAUUCCAUAACCCAGGAGGAGUGAAAUUACAGAUCAAAUGUGGUCGAUGCCAGUUUAUUGCACAGUCUUUUGGUGAAAUGAAGUUUCACUUACUGUGCUGUCAUGGAGAAGAGAUCCAGGGAAGAGUGAAGGAAGGGGUUUUGCAAGGAAAUAGAGGAGCUAAGGGGGAACUGAUGAAACACACAACCCAUUUCUGGAAACAUCGCAACGAAAGAAGAUGUUUAGCAAAAAUCACUGCCCACGAGGAGGAGUUUUAUGCUUUUCCAAAGAUGAAAAGACAGAUGUACUUUCACCAUCAAAAUAAUGUCGAUACGUUACCUAAAAGUGAACUGGCUCAGUCAGGAAGCAGUGAAGCAGCCAAGGAGAUACAAACUGUAGGUUUUGGUACACCAAGCAAAAAAAUAGAAAUUUGGUCUAAAGCAGGCUAUAACUGCAUUUUAUGCAAACAACUAUUUGGAAGAAAAGAGGAUCUUUGUAAUCAUUGGCAGAGUCAUCAUAACUGUGAAGACUCUUCCACUUUGUGGACAAUUUUUAGUUUGAUAUCGAAAAAAGGAGUUAUUGAACUUUCUAAUAAUGAUAAACGUUGA